AUGGCAAUCAAGAAAUACAUCCGAGCUCUACCCGACUGUGUUGUUGAUUUUGUGCAUGCCGCAAAGACAGCAACGAUCAAAGAAACUUACCUGCUUGCUGCCGAGAUCAACGACAAGCGGGGGGAGAAAACUAAAGGGAAGAAGGGAAAAGAAGAUGGUUUAUACAUGCCACCAGAUCGAAUGUCCAAACUUGUGGUUGAAAUCCCAAGGCCAGAUGGUUCCAAAAAGGUUGAUGAGACUCAAAAUGCAUUUGCUGCAUUAAAGGCAAACAUGAAAGGGUCUAAAAGGUUUGAGGAGGAGAAUAAAGUUUUGAUGGAAAAAGAAGAGCAGGGUACUUCUAAACCUAAAAGAAGACAGCCUACCAGAAAAGCCCAACAGGCAGAGGAUAUAUCUAAAAGAGAUACAGAAGGAAAGUCUGACAAAGAGAUUCAAAGAAAUUAUCAAUACCUACUCACCAAAGUUAGAACUUUAGAGCAGUUCUCAAAAGUCCUUUAUCAGAAAUUAUCAGAAAAAGAUGAUGAAAGCAUGAGAAAUGACUAUCUUGAAUACAUAAUGGCAUACAAGAAGUACAGGGCAGAAAAGUAUCAAUACAAAGAAUGGACCAUCAGUGAACUGCAAGAGGAGACAGCCAGAAUUCAAAAGAUGAUUCAAGACAAGGUUACAAGGUGGAGAGAAGAAAAGGUAUUAGCAACCUACAAAAAUUUGGAAGAGUUAAGGAAGAGAGAUUCCACUGCUCCUAAAAAGCCUAAUUUUCCGGAAGCAGUGGUUCCAGUCAAACAACAAAAAUUGCCAAUUAGGGGACCCACUGCUCCACAUGCUAGCAUCCUUUAUCAAAGAAGGAAAGAAAAGCAGAUUGAUGAAUUAACAAAAGAAGACAAGGCUCAAGAAGAAUACAUCAUCAAAAUGGUUCUUCAGGCAUUUAUAGAAGAAAAACAAGACUCGGCACAAUCUAAACUUUAA